GCUGUGUCAGCGGGGCAGGGCAGCCAUGGCAUCCUAUUUCGAUGAGCACGACUGCGAACCGUUGGACCAGGAGGCUCGAACCAACAUGCUGCUGGAACUCGCAAGGUCGCUCUUCAAUAGGAUGGACUUUGAAGACUUGGGGUUGGUAGUAGAUUGGGAUCACCAUCUGCCUCCACCUGCUGCCAAGGCUGUGGUGGAGAACCUCCCCAGGACAAUCAUAAGGGGCUCUCUGGCUGAGCUCAAGUGCCCCAUGGGUCUUUUGGAAUUUGAGGAGGAGGAGACUGCCAUUGAGAUGCCUUGCCAUCACCUCUUUCACUCCAACUGCAUUCUGCCCUGGCUAAGUAAGACAAAUUCCUGCCCCCUCUGCCGCCAUGAGCUGCCCACUGAUGAUGACACUUAUGAAGAGCACAGACGAGACAAGGCUCGCAAGCAGCAGCAGCAGCACCGACUUGAGAACCUCCAUGGAGCCAUGUACACAUGAGGCAACUACGGCUGAGCACCAGCCCUCCACAACAUCUUCCUUUUGAACCUUGAAUCCUCAUUAAAGGUUUCUUUAUCCAC